GGAAGUUUCUAGUUUCUGCCCCAUUUUACGCAAGCGACGACGUUCUCCUCCCCGUACACAACACGCACGCCAUCUCUCUCGAAGCUUCCGCUUCCUCCAGCCGCCACCGACCCGAACCCACCCCGGACGCGGCGCCUCCCCCGCACCCUAUAUUGUUCCCCGAGCUCCAGCCGCCAAGGAUUGGCGAAAGGAGCCGGGCAGAUAUUGAAACUCGUUUCAGAUCGGAUCCGAGGACUCGAGAAAUUGCAGGGAAGGAAUUUGAGGAUGGAUUUCGAGCUGCGGCAGGCGCGGGAGAAGCUGGAGCGCGAGCAGCGGGAGCGGAUGCAGCGCGCCAAGGCCAAAGCGGAGCGCGAGAGCCUGGCCAAGGCAGAGGCGGCGCGCCGCCAGGAAGCGCUCGAGGCGUCCCACCGCGAGCGACGACUCGAUGCCGCACGGGCCCAGGAAGAGGCUGACCGGACAAUGGAAGAGGUGAUGCAGCUGGGGAAGGGGAUUUCAUUCUCGCACAUGUUUGAGGCACUUCGAUAUGAUGGCCCUGGGGAUAAGAUCAAGUUGCCACCAUCUUCGUUUAAGGAGUUGUCUGAUGAAGGAGCUCUCGAUAAAGGUCCCAUGUACUUCAGGUUGUCGAAGGUUAGGGACACAGUCCCAGGUGCUGCUAUGGAACAAGAUGCUGGGACAACCUGUUGUGGUGUUCUUGAAUUCACGGCAAGGGAAGGCUCUGCUGAACUCCCGCUGCAUGUUUGGAACAACCUGUUUGGGAGUGACACCCCAGAGGUCCCUCUAAUUGAAGUCAAAUAUACCAGUUUGCUCAAAGGAACAUAUGCAAAGUUGAAGCCAGAAGGAGGUGGGUUUUCAGAUCUCCCUAACCAUAGAGCAGUCCUCGAAACAGCGCUCCGCAAUCAUGCAACACUAUCUGAAAAUGAUACUGUUGUGGUAAACUAUGGACAGCUGCAGUACAAGUUGAAGGUUCUUGAACUGAAGCCUGCCUCAAGUGUAUCUGUCCUAGAGACAGAUGUUGAAGUUGACAUCGUGGGAUCAGAUUCGGUUUUGGACAACGAAGAUGACCAACAUGUGCUUGUGCCUCUUGUAAUUGGAAAUAUAGAAUCCAGUGUUGUGGAAGAAGGAAAGUUCAGGUACUACAAAUUUUCAGUUGAAGGAAAUGUGAGUGAGAAAGUAGCUUCUGGGCAUGCAAAUAUCGAGAUUAAAAUAGAUACGGACGCGAGCGGUGGUGACACUGAUAUCUAUGUUUCAAGACAUCCUUUAGUAUUUCCAACUCAGCACCGACAUGAGUGGUCUUCUCAUGAAAUGGGAUCGAAGGUUCUUAUACUCAAACCACGGGAUGCUACAUUGGUCAGUGGUGUUUACAGUAUUGGAGUUUAUGGUUUCAAAGGGACUUCUAAGUACCAGCUCUCUGUAGCUAUCAAGGAUGUUAGUGGCCAAAGGAUUGGUGAAUAUGCUAGUGCCUCGGGAAGUGUUGAUUUUGAUUCUGUGCUGUGUAGAAACUGUAAGCGCCAUAUAGCCAGCCAGUCUGCUCAUCUUCAUGAGGCAUACUGCAUGAGACACAAUGUAGCCUGCUCACAUGAUGGGUGUGGAGUUGUCCUUCGGAAGGAAGAAGCAGCAGAUCAUGUGCACUGCAACAAGUGCGGACGAGCUUACCAGCAGAGAGAAAUGGAAAAGCAUAUGAAAGUCUUCCAUGAACCGUUGCAGUGCCCCUGUGGGGUGGUCCUGGAGAAGGAAGAUAUGGUUCAGCACCAGUCCUUGACUUGCCCCUUGCGAUUAAUUGUGUGCCGCUUCUGUGGUGACACAGUCCAGGCUGGUGGAGAGCCUUCUGAUGUUCGUGACAGGAUGCGAAACAUGUCUGAGCAUGAGAGUAUCUGCGGAUCCAGGACAGCACCAUGUGACUCCUGUGGACGGUCGAUCAUGCUUAAGGAGAUGGAGAUUCAUCUUAUUGCUGUGCAUCAGAAGAGCUAAUCACCUACUGACGCUGGGCUGGUCUGAACUUGAGCCUCUAUUGUCAUUUGGUCAACAGAAGCUGUGAACUUUAAUGUGCCAUUCCAGGGUUGUUGGAUUGAAAACUACACCUUGGGACUGGGAGCUAUAUGUGAUUCGUAAUUCGUGGUGUUCCAUGGGAUUAAACAUACUGGUGUUAUCUGUAUUUUAUUUCUCUGUAUACAUUAUUUAUAAAUCUGAUUUUACAUUCGGUAUUACCUAUUUCCUAAGUGGGUGUUUUGCUGACUAAAGUUUGUUCACGUCACGUCAAAGGUUUGAUUUGAAUAUCAAUUAUGGUUAUUAAAUAUAUGUUUAAUUAGAUUUAAUAAAUUUGUCUCUGUUUUUAGUC